UCCCCCCACUCUUACAAUACCAUCUUCCUUUUCAUCAUUCCCUCCAACACCUCCCUCUAUGUUAGCAACGCAAUUGACUGCUUGAUGGCCUGAAAACUACAUCCAGAAAGCUACCUCCCCCAGCUCAAGAUUAGCUAUCAAACUUGUCUCAGUGUGUUUAUCAAUGGCGAAAACCAAUAUAGGGUCAUUCUUCAACAAGUUCCUUUCUCUCUUCAUCCUUCUUCUCCACCUUGGCUGCUUCGUUUUCAACGCCGCCCAAAAGCCAACCAAGAAACGCAAAUCUCUUUCCUCCACCUGGACUUUCCUCAAACGCUUUUUUUCUUCUACUUCUAAAGCCAACUGCAAAUACGCCAUCCAAACGCACUCAGCAACCACCCCGGUGUUAACCUCUGCAAGAAACUCCCAACAAUCGCUUGUUUCCAUGGUUAUCCCGCCUGAAACUCAUUUAUCGGAUUCAGAAACCGCUCAUCAAAUACAAUCCGGGUCUUGUCCAGAAUCCGACAUCUCAUCGGAGUGCCCGUUUUUCCCUCUACGUAAUGAUAUCUUUCCAUGCACAGCUUGCGGUGAGAUUUUCCAGAAACCCCAUUUUCUCGAACAACACCAAGCGACCAAGCACGCCGUGUCCCAACUCACUGAUGGGGAUUCAGGCAACAACAUUGUUCGGAUCAUAUUUAAAACCGGUUGGACCGACAAAGUUAAGAACCCUGAAAUCCACCAUAUUUUGAAGAUCCAUAACAGUUCAAAGAUUCUGACGAGGUUCGAAGAAUACAGAGAGCUGGUCAAAGCGAAAGCCGCGAGGAACGGUGCGAUAGGGAGGCGAGACGAGAGGUGCAUAGCUGAUGGGAACGAGCUGUUGAGAUUUAACUGCUCAACUUUCAUGUGUGAUUUGGGACUUAACGGGAGUUCAAGCAUUUGUACUCAACAGUACUGCAACGCUUGUGGGAUAAUUAAGUCUGGUUUUUCACCAAAAAUGGAUGGAAUCUCGACGCUAUCCACGAGCUGGAGAGCGCACAUGGCGAUCCCCGAGGAUGUAGAGGAAGAAUUCAAGUUCAUGAACGUGAAACGGGCCAUGCUUGUCUGUCGGGUCGUGGCGGGCCGGGUUGGAUCAGAAGGGGAAGAAAUAGACAAGGAAGCCGGUGGGUUUGAUUCGGUGAUCGGAAGGGGAGGGAAUGGGGCAUAUGCCAAGCUUGAUGAUGAAGAGUUGUUGGUCUUCAAUCCAAGGGCGGUGCUGCCUUGCUUUAUCAUUGUGUACACUGUUUAAGUGUGAGGUCGUAUGUUUUUGUACCUUUGUGCCUGUGAGGCUGUGACCAAAAGAAACGAGUUACAGCUAAAAUUAAGCAUAUGAUCAUGGUGAUUGCUGUGAUGCUUUGAUAGGUUACGUGUGCUGUGUUAAACUAGGUUCCUCGUGUAAAUCAUGUGUUUGAAUAAGAGAUUAUUUAUAUUUACGUAGCUUGGCAUCAUGGGGUAGUGAUGCUGAGCAAAAUAAAUAUGGAA